ACCAUUUUUGCACUCGUGGACUGCGAUAUCGGAAUUCUUUCUUUCUCCAUCUCGCCGGGAGCGCUUUAUCGUCUGCUCCGGAUAGCGAAAGUGAAGCUCGCAACUGGCGACCGGUAAAUUUCUGCGAAGUCUCAUUCUUCUUCUGCUUCCGUGUAGUCUUCUUUUUUCUGCCGCUGGUCUGUGUAACUUUGCCAGUAUGGAGCUCUGAAUCUGUACACCAGGUGUUUGAUGAAAUGCUUGACAGAGCUGGUGUUCAAUGUUCAUUCGCCUGCUACUGAUUGCUUAGAGACUAGCAGAACUAGAUUCAGUUUGUUCAACAGGCGGAGUUGCAUCUACAUUUCCUGGAAGUAUGCUUUCCAUGCGAUACUCGCUUUCCCCAUGGCUUGUCAAGACUUACCAGAGCUCCGUUAAACUCCCACCAGUAGCAUUGCCAUCCAAACGUAGUUCACUUGCCUCAGUAUGCUGCUACUGUUCCAAUUUGUCCCCGUUAGCCUCUACUCAAGUUCAUACUGUGUCAAGCCCAAGUCAGGACCACCAUUCCUCCGCUGAAAAGUGGGAACCUUUCCGUAAGAAGAAGGUUGUUCUGCGAGUGGGCUAUGUUGGUACCAAUUACAGAGGUCUCCAGAAGCAAUACGAUGAGCAUUCAUUGUCUACCAUUGAAUCAGAGCUGGAAGAUGCCAUAUUCAAAGCUGGCGGGAUUCGUGAGAGCAAUUAUGGGCAUUUAAGCAAAAUUGGAUGGGCUCGAAGCAGCCGCACAGAUAAAGGAGUCCAUUCGUUGGCUACAACAAUUUCGAUGAAACUGGAGAUACCAGAGAAUGCAUGGAAGGAGGAUCCUUAUGGCAUUGUUCUUGCUAGGACGGUUAACUCUAAUCUUCCAGACAGUAUCAGAAUUUUCAGCAUUCUACCUGCUCAGAAAAGCUUUGAUCCUAGAAUGGAGUGUGAUUUGAGAAAAUAUUCGUACCUUCUUCCCGCUGAGAUCAUUGGUAUCAAAAGCUUCUCUACUAUGGCUGAAAUUAAUGAGCACAUAUCAGACUUCAGGAAGAUGCUAAAUACCUUUGAGGGAGAUCAUCCUUUUCAUAACUAUACGGUCCGGGCAAAAUACAGGAGAAAAAGUCGUCGAAACAGACCUCCUGAAAAAAUUGGCCAUUUCUCAGAAGGAGACCGAUCAUCUAUUCAGAUGAUAGCCUCCGAUAGUGACCAGGAGAGCGAUGAAGAAGAAGAAAAAGAAGAAGAAAUGCUACCCGUUGAUGACAAUGUUCCUUUAGAUCACUCUGAAGCAGUUUCUGGUCAAAGUGGUGACCCGUUGAAGGAUCAAAGCUCAAGUGUUGCUGUCCGUGCAAGAUGGCUACACGAACCGGAUGUGAGAGACAGAAUAGGUGCUCCACACUUCAGAAGGAUUAUUCACUGUUCAUGCGGAGAGCUGGAGAAAUCAUCUGGACAUGACUUUGUUGAGAUUUCUAUAUGGGGGGAGUCUUUCAUGCUACACCAGAUCCGGAAAAUGGUUGGAACUGCAGUAGCAGUAAAACGUGGGCUGCUCCCAAAGGACAUCUUAACAUUGUCACUGGCAAAAUUUUCAAGGAUUGUACUGCCGCUUGCUCCUUCAGAAGUUCUGAUUUUGAGGGGAAGCAAUUACUCGCUGAAGAGAAAAGCUCGAGAAGGGACACGGCCCGAGAUGCAGGCAUUGGCCGAAUCAGAAGAAAUUCAAAGGGGAGUCGAUGAAUUCUACAUUAGCAAAAUGUUGCCCCAAGUGUCUCAGUUUUUGGAUCCAUCUAGGUCCCCUUGGCUGGAAUGGGUGGAGAAGCUGGAUGAACACACGCCUAUCCCCGAUGCAGAAUUAGAUCAAGUUAGGAGCGCCUGGAAGGCAUGGAAGGAGAGCUAUCCCGGUAGACCCAGCAUUGGUUCUGAGAACUUGUAAACCCAAUUGCAUUUCAGGAGUUCUGGCAUGCCCGGGUGUGAACUGUGAUUAGACUUAUGGCCGCCCAAGCGAAUUUUUGCAGUUGUGAUGCUGCUACUCAUGUGGAAGAUAGAGGAGAAGCGUAAGCUACUUCUACACCAAUUCCAUUUGAUAGAGACAGCAGCAGUUGAGUCUUAAUUUUGUGGGCAUGGACGGUCACAGACCUGUGCUAUUAAGAACACUGACCCCUUUGUCUUGACACUUGAACGCUCCCAUGACUCACUCGGUGGCAUUUUGGCAUGCAUACCGAAUUUCCACCUAAUUCACUUUUUGUCACUUAAUUAAGAUGGACAAUUUUUCAAGUCCUUUGUCUGUUUUACAGAAAUUGUAUUAGGUACACAUCCUUUCAUUAGUUUUAACGAACACAUCCGUGUAUCGUGUAUCACUUAUCCAUUUCUAGAUUGUGUGUUUCUUGUCCAAAUUGGUUACAAACAGU